AUGAUGGGUCAAAAGUUUAUUAUCGUUUCCAAUGAAGACAUGGCCCGGGAUAUUCUCAUUAAAAAGGGCAACAGCUUUUCUGGGAGACUACAAAUCAGAGCUUUAAUUGACCACAAACUGGGUCCUACAUAUGUGGCCCUACAAGAUAGAAACGAGACUUGGAGAAGACAACGCAAAUGGGUUCAUGCGGCGAUGGUGGCUGCUCAUCAAGAGCACUUUUACGGGCACAUCGACAAGGAAAUUAAACGAUACCUGACAACUCUACUAAUAAACCCGACUGAGUUUCACAGCUCGACUCGAGAGCUACUUGGUAGAAUCAUGUCGACACUCGCUUGGGACGAUGCAACACAGGGUGAGAAAUUCGGUAUCAUCGCAAACGAAACCCUCAGACAGAUGUCCUUGCCGGGUCCGAUUGUCAACGCAGUCACUCCCCUGUGGCAUAUCACAGACUUUCUAGGGUACAACCCGUGGCGCAAUUUCGAACGAGCGCGAGAGGAUAAGAUGACAUCUUGGUGGCGCCAACUCCUUCUACAGUCGAAGAAGCGCUUCUUGGAACAGUCCUUGCCGAAAACAAGCUGGGCAUAUCGAUACUUUGAGCAAGUUUCUCAAGCCGGCAAUAGCACAUUGGAGCAGUCGUCAGACGAGGAGCACUUCGCUGCUUGCAUGUUGGGCUUUCAGAAUAUGGUUGGAGUCGUCACCGUUGCAGGACCAAUGCAGUAUUUCCUUAUGUGCAUGGCACUGCAUCCGCUAUGGCAGAUGAAAAUCCAAAAGCAAAUCGACAUUGUGUGUGGCGACAGAAUGCCCAACAUAGACGACUAUCAGGAGCUUCCGAUUCUACGCGCGUGUAUAAAGGAAACGUUAAGGUGGCGUUCAACUGUGCCUCUAGGAGUGCCACAUCUAUGCGAGGAGGAUUCUGAAUACAAGGGUGUCGCGAUCAAAAAAGGCACGGUAGUCCUCGCUUGUGAAUGGGCAUUAAACCGAGAUGAAUCUCAAUACCCUGAUCCCGAAAAGUACCGCCCAGAAAGAUGGCUUGAACCAUCGUGGCCAACUUUCAUGGAACCGCUAACGAGAUAUCCUAACCUCCGAGAAGGUUAUGGAAUGCACACAUUCGGCUGGGGUAGAAGAAUGUGCUUGGGUCAAGCAAUUGCUGAUGAGGAGCUGUUCCUCAUUGCCGCGAAUGUCUGCUGGGCGUUCAACAUGUCGAUUCCAGAUGACCCUCUAACCGGGGAACCUACAGUAGUAGACUCCCAAGCCACAAACUCGAACGUAAUUUUAGAACCGACGCCGUGGCCAAUGACAUUCAAGGCAAGGAAUCAAGUUAAGGCUUCCAAAAUAUUGAAUGAGUUGGCUCAGGUUCAACAUGAACUGAAGGUUUAAACAUUACAUAUAACCCCCGAACCUAAGACUAUCGCAGCAUCAUUCCGCGCGUAAUGAAUAAAAUGAGGUGAAAAUAAAUAUUAUUAUUAUAGUAAACACAGACGGUUUCUGUUUCGUGAAGGAAAAAAAAUAGAAUUCAUCGCCCAAAAUGGCAAA